AUGGCAGGUGCAGCUGUCAAGAAGGUUUCACAGCCUCGAUCAUCGAAAUAUCUCAGAGCAUUUAUUCUGGUAUUGUGUUUGUUAGGGUUGUGUAUCUCUAUUUUUGGAUUGUAUAUUGAGAUUCUCAAGGAGAAGAACCCGAACUAUGUUCCUUUCUGUGAUAUAAAUUCCUAUAUCGCAUGUUCCAGGGCCUUAACUUCCAGAUAUGGCAAGGGAUUUGGUUUAGUGGACAAGUUCCUCUCCAACACCAGCAUUCUCAACCAGCCAAACACAGUGUAUGGGAUAGCAUUCUACACAUUCCAGGCAACACUCAGUUUGAGCUCAUCAUCUUCAGCUGCUGUUGUACAAACUGCUGGCAGUGUUUUGGCCAACAUAGGAUCCGUAUACCUGGGCUACAUUCUCUAUUAUAUCAUCAGGGACUUCUGUUUGGUUUGUGUUUCAACUUACGUAGUGAACUUCCUCUUGCUUAUCGCAUGCAUAGCUAGACUGAGAACUGCUGUGGCCGAAGAUAUAAAGAAAACUGUCAGGAAGAAGAAAUAA